GCUGUCGUCUGUCAAGGAAAUCAUCCCAACCUGCUGGAGCUUCUUAGGCAGCUUGUGUUGGAAGUAACUACCAUUUUAAUACUUUAUCAAGGGCCUUUCUCGUUUACUACGUCCGUUUUUAAUUUGAAGUCAUUUUAUCACUAACGAAGGCACUUUCCUGCUUAGCUAUGUAGUCAGCUGGGGUUAACUAGUUGGUUAUUGGUCACGGGUCACUGACAAACCCGUUACUAACUUUAUGAGAAAACAGUCAGAGACAGUAGGUGAAGUGAGGGAGUGAAGCUCCACAGACAGCGGCCGUCACCAUGGCAGAGCGGACACCGCUUCUCCACUACCGCCUCUCCGCCAGCGUCAAUGAGUCCGAGCCGAGGUCCCCGCCGGCCGGUCAGCCGCCGGAGCAGCAGAGGAGCAGCCACCAGCAGCAGCACCAGCAGCACCAGCAUCCCCACCACCACCACGACCAGCAGCAACAGCAGCAGCAGGCCACCAAACUGUCCACCUUCUUUGGAGUGGUCAUCCCCACACUGCUGUCCAUGUUCAGCGUGGUGGUCUUCCUCAGAAUAGGAUUUGUGGUGGGCCAGUGUGGACUGUACCAAGCCAUCACCAUGUUCCUGGUGGCCUACUUCAUCAUCUGUAUGACGGUGCUCUCAGUGUGCGCCAUCUCCACCAAUGGAGCCCUGGAUGCUGGAGGAGCCUAUUACAUGAUCAGUCGAGCGCUGGGUCCAGAGUUUGGUGGAAGUAUCGGCAUCAUGUUCUUCUUCGCUAACGUGUGUGGCAGUGCUCUCUUUGUACUUGGUCUGGUUGAGGCCAUUCUGGGCACUUUUGGGUUGCCAGAAGAUGGGACUGUGGCCACUUCUGCCUACCAGGUCUUGCCAUCAGGCUACUGGUGGUCUCUGCUUUACGGCACGGGCGUGGCUCUGCUCUGUUUGCUGGUUUGCCUGGUGGGAGCCCACAUCUAUGCGAAGGCUACCUUCGUCAUCUUCCUGAUGGUCAUUUUUGUCCUGGGCACCAUCUUCAUCAGUUUCUUUGCAGUUGGGCCUCGCACCAUCACUCUGCCCAGCUCUGCCGCAGUCAACCCGGGGAUAAAUGGAACAGACCCCGGGCUUCCCACCACAGCCAACUUCACCGGCUUCAAGUUGGACACGCUGCUUGGGAACUUGUGGGCUGAUUACACGGUGGAUUACACGACAGGAACUAUGAUGACCUUUGCCAAAGUUUUCGCUGUGAUGUUUAACGGCUGCACCGGCAUCAUGGCUGGUUCUAACAUGUCAGGUGACCUGAAAAAUCCCAGCUAUUCCAUCCCCCGUGGUACGAUCACUGCUGUCAUCUUCACCUUCAUCAUCUACAAUUUGCUCUGCGUGCUGGAGGCGUGCUCCUGUGACCGAGUGCUGCUUCAGAGGGAUUACAGUUUCCUGAGGGACAUUAAUGUGUGGAAACCCUUCGUCACCAUCGGGGUUUAUUCCUCCACGCUCUCCGCUGCCAUGAGCAACCUCAUCGGAGCCUCGCGUAUCCUCUACGCACUGGCCAGGGACGACUUGUUCGGUAAGGUUCUGUCUCCAGCCAAGAAGACAUCACACAACGGUAACCCCUGGGUCUCUGUGCUCAUCUCCUGGUUCCUCGUGCAGCUGGUGUUGUUCUCAGGAAAGCUCAACACCAUUGCCAGCAUUGUGACCAUAUUCUUCCUGUUGGUGUACGCUGCUGUGGAUCUAGCUUGCCUAGCUCUGGAAUGGGCCUCUGCACCUAAUUUCAGGCCGACCUUCCGUUACUUCACCUGGCACACGUGUGUGCUGGGAAUCGUGGGUUGUGCCGUCAUGAUGUUCCUCAUCAACGCCAUCUAUGCCUCAGCCAGUAUUGCCUUUAUGCUGCUGCUGCUCCUGCUGAUUCACUACCUCAGCCCCACAUCCAGCUGGGGCUACAUCAGCCAGGCUCUCAUUUUCCACCAGGUACGCAAGUACCUGCUCAUGCUGGAUGUGAGGAAGGACCAUGUCAAGUUCUGGAGGCCUCAAAUCCUGCUGAUGGUCUCCAACCCUCGCAGCACUGUGGGACUCAUCACCUUCAUCAACGACAUCAAGAAGAGCGGCCUUUACGUGCUUGGACACGUCCAGCUGGGAGACUUGAACACCCUGCCGUCAGAUCCUCUGCAGUCUCAGUAUGACUCCUGGUUAUCUCUGGUGGACCAUCUCAACAUCAAAGCAUUUGUCAACCUCACCUUGGCUGAUUCUGUGCGUCAUGGUGUCCAACAUUUGCUUUUCAUCUCUGGACUAGGUGGGAUGCGUCCAAACACCCUCGUCCUUGGAUUCUAUGACGACUGUCUUCCAAAGGACACGCUGUCAGUCAGUCAGAUGUCUGAUUCCACAGGUUCUUCUCCAGAGCUUGAGCAACAACCUCCUCUCUUCCACUUUGCUUCUCUGCGGGUGUCCAGUGACAGAGAGGAUCAUGGGGAAUUGGGUGAUGGGAAGGUUCUUGGGCCUCAGGAGUAUGUCGCCGUCAUUGCAGAUGCCAUGAAGAUGCUGAAGAACGUGGUGCUGGCUCGAUACUUCAACAACUUUGACCGAGCUCAGGUCCUCUCACCUCCGUCCUCCUCACCGUUCAAGGGAGCUGUGUACGUGGAUGUUUGGCCGGUGAACCUUCUGCUUCCGGACAGCUCCAGCUACGUCGACACUUGCUCUCUCUUCCUGCUACAACUUGCUUGUAUCCUGAACAUGGUGAGAGCUUGGCGAAAAGCCACGCUCCGCCUCUUCCUUUGCGUGGAGGACGGACGAAGUGUGAAAGGCUCGGAGGGAAAGCUCCGUCAGCUUCUGAAAGAGUUGAGAAUUAAGGCUCAGAUAUAUCCAGUCUCCUGGGACCAGCAGGUGGCGCUACACUGGCAGCGCCAAGGCAAGAAAGAGCAAUCACCAUCCCCUGAUACCACGAAUGAAGAGAAUAAGCCAAAAAUGGAUGAGGAAGAUGAAAUCCAUGAUUACGUCAAUAGCUUCCCGAGCAACACCACGCGCCUGUCGGAUGACUACCUGUCAGGUGUCAAUCAGCUGAUCUUGGACCAGGACAGGCCGCCGCCUGCUGUGCGCUUCCUGUAUUUGCCACGCCCUCCAGCUGACACCCGGCGCUACACUGCCUACUUACACCAGCUGGAGCUGCUGACCCGGGACCUGGGCCCCACGCUGCUCAUCCAUGGAGUCACACCUGUCAUCACCACUGAUCUCUGAGACACGU